GUCAAUGCCUGCUGGCUCGAUGGACAAACACUCCUAGCAACGUAUAAUUCUGCCGCUCUGAAGGAAAAUACUCCAACCCCAGCCCGCACUCGCUCAGCUAGGCUCAGGCUCCUCGACUCAGCCUACACCAUGGCUCGUACCAACCCCACUGCUCGCCCAAUUCCUCGCGACAGCCUCGCGUCAAGUAUGGUAUCCGCCACUGCCUCUACGCCUUUCAGCCCCAAACCUUCGCCAUCGCCCUCUGAGAGCAGCUCAGACGGGUCUGCCACCUCCAUCUCGAGCGUGCCACAAAAUCCGUGUCCACCGAGGGCCAAUGCUUGCGCGGCCAGCCCUGCCUGUGGCGGCCUCAAUCCGCCGAACAUAAGCCCCAAUCCGCCGCCCGGCAUACGGGGAUCUGGCCGACACCUCAACUAUGCUGAGAUGGGAGCCCUUCGCGGGCUGCUUUUCUUGGAUAAGGAGCGCAAUGGGGCGAUUGGGACCUUUUAUAAUCCUCCGACGCCGUGA